AUGAAGAGAAAAAGACACAACGAUGAUGACAAAGAAGAAGAAGAUAGACUGAGUGAUUUAUCUGAUUGUGUUCUUCUUCGCAUACUCUCCUUGUUGAACACCAAACAAGCAGUUCAAACUUGCAUUUUGUCCACAAGAUGGAAAUAUCUCUGGAAGCAUCUUUCUAACCUUAAAUUACAUUCUUCAUACUUUGACACUAUGGAUGGAUUCACCGAAUUCGCAGCUCAAAUUUUGUCACUUCGUGGUCAUUCAACCUCUUUGUACUCUCUCAAAUUUUAUAGCGACAGUAUGGUGCAGCCUCAUCUAAUUCAAAGGAUUUUAAAAUACGUUGUUUCACAUGAUGUACAACGGUUCCAACUCAAUCUCCUUUAUAGUAUUGAACACAUUCCGUCUUGUAUUUUUUCAUGUCACACAUUAACUUCUCUUAUGCUAUAUGUUCGCCAUUCUGAUGCAACAAUAUUAUUUCCGGAUUCUCUGAAUUUGCCGGCAUUAACCAAAUUGUCUUUAUGGAACUUUGUAUUUCCUAUCAAAAAGGAUGGGCUUGCCGAACCCUUUUCAACACUAAAAAAAUUGAAUAAUUUGACCAUUAGGUCUUGUCAAGUUCUCCAUGCUCAAAAUCUCUGCAUAUCAAGUAUCACACUUGUCCAUUUAAAGAUACAAACACAUAAAAAGAAUUACGGCGAAGUUGAACUAUAUACUCCAAGUCUUUCUACAUUUGCUUAUGCUGGUAUUCCUUUUGAGAAACUAUGUGGGAGCCAUCUGCGUUCUAUUAAACACGUAAUAAUUGAUGCAUAUAUGUACGUGAAUAAUGCAGAGCCUCCAUCCAAUCUACUCAGCUGGCUGAAAGAGUUUACUGAAAUCACAUCAUUGACAGUCACUUUAACUACUCUUGAGGUUCUCUCCUUAGUUCCUAAUUUAUUGAAGGUUAAUUUUCACUCCCUGCGUAACUUGGAAACACUGCAAGUAAAAAAGAAAGGAGUUUCAUCUGGAUUAUCCACGACACCGAUGCUUGCCAGAUUUUCGCGGUUGCCUAUGUAUUACCAGGAUGAUGUUGCCAAGUUUCGAGAUGAAAUAUUUAAAGAAGGAUCUUUAUCCAUACCUGACAAAAUAGUUUCUUUUUUGCUUCAAAACUCGCCUUCAGCAAAAGUUCAUAAAAUCUAUUAG